AUGGCUGAGCCCACGGCCCCUAAGCUGACCUACAAGGGCAACUGCCACUGCGGGCUCGUGCGCUUUACCGCAGCGCUGCCCGACAUCCGCAUGGGCACGGUGAACAGGUGCAACUGUUCCAUCUGCACCAAGAACGGCUAUCUCCUCGUCUACCCGAGAGUCGAGGAUGUUACCUUCGUUUCGGGUCUCGGCGGCGAAGGUGACGACAGCUUGAGCGUGUACCGCUUUGGCAGCGGGGUCAAACCGCAUCGGUUCUGUCGGCGUUGGGGGACCAGUAUUUUCAUCGACUUUUCCGAGUCGGACCGCGCCGUGGAAAGGGCGGUCGUGGCUAUCAAUCUCAGGACUUUCGCCGGGAUCGAGGACAUGAUGGGCGAACUGAAGUUCCGGGACGUGGAUGGAAAGCACAUGCUCGGGCCGCCUUAUCGGCCGCCGGAAUGA